GAAGCAGAACUUAGGAGGGAAACUAUAUAAACAGAAGGAAAUUUGACUUUCACUCGCCUUUGCAAAGUAGGCUGCGCGGGUUCCCGGAAAAUGUAGACAAAACGGCCGUAGGAUUCCACAAACCGAUGUAAUCCCAAGCUUUGUGGAUGUGGCUUUCGUUUUCUUGAGUUUUUAUAAAAUGGAUGAAGCAGCAGGUGAUUUAAAACUGCCUCUUCAAAAUGACUCUGAAUCCCUGCAGAUACACGUGGAAGUUCAUCAGAAAUCAAACAGCACUGCAAAAAGAGAAGAUACCAAACUAAGUGUCUUAAAGCUACUGAACAGGCACAAUGUUAUUUUUGGUGAUUACAAAUGGACUGAGUUUGAUGAUUGUUUCCUAACAAAUAAUGUGCAGUCAGUUGCAGUUGUGGAUACCGAGCUAAAUCUGAAAGAAAGACAGCCUAUCAGCUUGAAUAAAUGCAAACUUUUAAUCCAUAUUUUUCAUCUCAACGAGGAAGGGCCUAGUACAGAAAAUCUGGAUGCAGAGGAUGAGGAUAUUGUUGCAGCUAAUCAUUGGUUAUUACCUACAGUUGAAUUCCAUUGUUUGUGGGAGAGCCUGAUUUAUGAUGCUGAAAUAAAAUCAGAUUUGUUAAAUUAUGUGACUACAACAUUACUAUUCUCUGACAGAAAUGUUGAUAACAACUUGAUAUCAUGGAACAGAGUUAUUCUAUUACAUGGUCCUCCAGGUACUGGUAAAACUUCUCUUUGUAGAGCAAUGGCUCAGAAGUUGACUAUUAGACUUUCUCAUAGGUACCGCUAUGGACAGUUGAUAGAGAUAAAUAGUCAUAGCCUCUUCUCUAAGUGGUUCUCUGAGAGUGGCAAACUUGUUACAAAAAUGUUUCAGAAGAUUCAAGAAUUAAUUGAUGACAAAGAUGCCCUUAUAUUUGUACUUAUUGAUGAGGUGGAAAGUCUCACAGCUGCUCGUAAUGCUUUUCGGGCAGGUACUGAGCCUUCUGAUGCUAUCCGUGUUGUAAAUGCUGUACUGACACAAAUUGAUCAGAUCAAAAGGUAUCCUAAUGUGGUUAUCUUGACGACUUCAAAUAUCACAGAGAAAAUUGAUAUUGCCUUUGUAGAUAGAGCUGAUAUCAAACAAUACAUUGGGCUACCUUCUCCUGCAGCAAUAUUCAAAAUCUAUCAUUCUUGCUUAGAAGAACUAAUGAAGUGCCAAAUAAUAUAUCCUCGUCAGCAGCUGCUAACACUCCGUGAGUUAGAGAUGAUUGGUUAUUUAGAAAACGACGUGUCAAAGUUAAGUCUCCUGUUAAAAGACAUUUCAAGGAAAAGUGAAGGACUUAGCGGCCGUAUCUUAAGAAAGCUUCCUUUUCUAGCCCAUGCACUGUAUAUUCAAUCUCCUAGUGUUACAGUGACAACUUUCCUUCAGGCUUUAUCACUUGCAGUGGACAAGCAAUUUGAAGAAAGAGCAAAACUUUCAGAUUGUGUUUGAUACUCUGAUUCCUCCUCUAUGUAGCUUCCUUUACAUACAUUCUUACACUGUUUUUCUACCUACCCACUGAGAUUGCUAAUUAAGAACCAAUGAGUUCUUAACCUGAAUAUCAGUUCAGGCUUUCUUUUUUUCAAGUAUUGCAUGCUAAUAAAUUACUUGUAUAUAUUCAGAAGUUUUGCUUUGUUUGGAUCAUCAAGAUGCCAUGGAAAGGCAUUUAAAAGCAAUUCCAAGAAAAGUUGUUUCCAAUAAUUUUGAAAAGUUCUUGGAAUACCUAUGAUUUGCAUCGUUUUGUGUUCUUUCUCUGAACUAGAUUACUGUCAGAUCAAUACCUUUUAUAUAUCUUGUUAAAAUAAUGCUGGUGUGCUGAUGAUAGUCUCUCCUACAGAACAUUAAGACCAGCUAGACAAUCACUAAUGAUAAAUAAUCAUUCUUCUUGUCUUUGUGCAUCAUUCAUAGAAGUGAUGUUUCUGUACAAAGUUAGCGCUUGAAUCUUCUGGAGUUAUAGCAGACUUUUGGCAGUAAGCUCACCCUGUUGCAUGUAUGUUCUUUGGUAUGGUUCCCUAUUUCCUUUAGCAGUGUUUAAUCCUCAUUUUUUUCAUCCUGUUAAUGACAUGGAGGACAUUUAUAAUUUAGUUUGUCAAUUAUUUCUUCAUUUUAACAUUGAAUUCAUAAGAAAGUUUGAGUCAGGGAUAGGAUACAGCAAGCUAGGGACUAAUGAAGUUCAAUGUGGAUUAGAAUUUUGAUUUCAUGAUAUGAAUUCUUGAGUUCUGGGACUUGAUUUGUGUGCGUGUGUGUGUGAUCACAUCUAUCAUAUUGGAAGAUGAGCAAAUGUAUGCCUCUCUGAAACAGGUGAUCAGCCUUUCUCCAGCAAUCCUUGCAUUCAUCCUCAAGGGCUUUUCCUGGAAGAAUUUAAUAUCAUUUUCACAAAGAAUCUGGUGGGACACAUAGUACUUGGCCUUUCCAUGUGCGGGAAACAGAAGCUUUCAUCUGCUGUGUACCUUUACUCAACCUUACUUAUUUUCAGAACAAUAACGUAAGAGUUCUUACCUUCCCAGCCUAAAAUCCACACGAUUGUCCAUGCCAUUACAGGUUCAUAACCAGUUAUGUUAGUAAUGUAAUAAAAAUACUUAAUUUUUCAACCCUGUCUUUGGUAUGAAUUAGUUUACUAAUUACUUUUUGCUUUAAAAAAUCUUAUUUAGUAAUAGGAAAUAGUCAACUCUUUACCUCACAACCAAUCCUGCAUUUUAAUAAAAGAAUAUCUUUGUUUAUUAUACUUAUAUCCUGUUUUCAUCUUGAAGAGCUCUACAUGCCUUAUGUAAUAUUCCAAAAUAAUCUCCAAUUGAUGCUGUUUGCUGGGCCAGUUUCCUUUCAUUUAGCACCAAUACACUGUCUAUCUUCCAGUUACAUGACAACAAUAUUUUUAACUUUUCAUUAAAAGUUUGCAUUUAACUCUGGAUGUGGUAUUCCAGUUUGGCUGCAGGGAAAUUAAAUUACAUGCUAUAUUGAGGCUUCUGUCCAUUUAAAAAUUACAUACAGAUUUAAAAUCUGACCACAUAUCAAAGUUAAUAGAGUAAAUGGAAGAGAAAUGUUGUUUUUAUACAUGCAUGAGUCCAAGCCAGACCUAUCCUAAAAAGAAACAAUCUCAUAGAAUAUGUUUAUUUGCCUUUUUACCUACAACUUUAAUCUGUAUUAAUUCAGUUUUAAUCAGCAAAAGUAGUUUAAUUGUUUAAUCUGGUACAUUAAUCAAGUAAAUAUCACUGACAAUUCCCUAGAAUCAAACAAAUGAAUACAAGAUUGAACUCUACGACCCUUCUGAGCUGAGGUUUCAAGUAGACUGUAUGAAUAAGAAAGCUGUUAAAGAUAUUUAUUUAAAA